AUGUCUGACGCCGCGAGAAAGCCUUUGAGCGACCAGGCUCAAGAGAAGCUCACUCCCGACUCCCAGAAGUCGUACACCGACAAGGCCAAGGAGGGUGCCACCAACACUGCCGACGAUGUUGCCGGACUCGUGCAGCCAGGUGACAGCAAGUCUACCACCCAGAAGCUCUCCGACGAGACCUCAAGCAAGACUAGCUCCGCCCAAGACUCUCUGUCCGGAGCCACGAAGAACGUCCAGGAGACCGCGUCCAACAUCGGGAAGAGUGCUCAAGACAAUGCUGGUGCUGCACAAGAAUCCAGCAAGGACUAUCUGAACCAAGCUCAGGAUGCUGCCUCCAAUACCGCUCAGACCGCCCAAGAGACUGCUUCCCAGUACGGUCAGAAGGCCAGUGAGACUGCUGGUGCCGCACAAGAGACUGCUUCCCAGUAUGGUCAGAAGGCCAGUGAGACUGCUGGUGCUGCACAAGAGACAGGUAAAGGCUACGUUGCGCAAGCCCAAGAGGCCGCUGCCAAUGCUCUUAACACCGCCAGCAAGGCUGCCGCAGACCUCGCUAGCAGCAUCUCCGGCGAGCAGAAGAAGUAG